CGAUCCUUUCAUAAAGGGGAGUGGGAAGAAACCAAAAGAAAAUAAAUGAGGAGAAAAUAAAAUAAAAAGAGCUAUUGUUUUUAACAAAAACAUUUUAUAUCAAUGACAUAUGACAGCUAGGUUUGUAAAAUAAACAACAACAUCAUCGCUUUUUAAUCACUGGAUAGCUUGUUUAGCUCACAGAAAAACUUUUAACGAGACACAACAACAUACAGAAAAAUGGCGCUUCUCAGUACAGUUAAAAAGUCAAACAUCGACAGCUUGUUUGAUCGGUACAGUCGCGUGUUUAUGACUCUUGUGUUGAUAUUAAGUGGUUUAAUUAUGAUUGUGGAGUUUUAUGCACAUGGCAUGUCGUGUAUGAUUAGAGGCGAGGACUCAAGCACCCAGCUUUUUAUCCAUAACUGGUGCUGGUCAAACGGGUUGUUCAUCUAUAAAGAACUUGUUCAAUUUCCGAACAGCAGCUUUUAUCAUGGAUUACCUGAGAAUCUAGAAGAAACAGGAAUGAUUGAAAAUACGACAAGUACCUGUGUUUUUGGUGCGAGGCUCCCUCAGGAGAAAGUUGAAGGAUGUAAAGCCAUGACUCGGGAGUACUUUAGACAAUACCAGUGGCUUCCGUUCUACUUCAUCUUCUUGGCAUUUUUGUAUUACGCGCCAUAUUCAGUUUUUGAGUUUGUAAAUACAGAUUUGCUUAGCUUACGAACCAAUGUGGAGAAGUGUGCUGGGAAAGAAAUUACAGAUGCAUAUUUUAAUCAUGACGUUAAUCCGAUAUUUGAAUUAAUGCUUCGGACUGCAUUGGGAAUAUUCGUGAAAGUUUUAUACAUCGUAGUCAACGUGUUUGCUUUUCGGUACACGGCAUUCUUGUUGAAUGGGGAUUAUGCAGAAUAUGGUCAUGGAAAAGAUUUUCGUGGAAUAAAUGGAACAAAGGUUACUGUGGAAGGGGUGAGAUAUCCAGGGGAAUAUAUUCUUCCGUCCAGAGGAUUGUGCGACGUCCCAACUAUAGAUGCUGUCAUGCACCGAUACGAUGUAGGUAAUGUAUUUUGUCACGUUGAAGCUGUUACACUUUACCAACACAUUCUUCAUGUUCUGUGGCACUUGUUUAUAUUUGGAAUAACAAUUUCGGUUGUCGGCUUAGUAGCUCAUAUGGCGAAUAUAUUUUUUGGUUAUUGUUAUUAUGAAAGAAGACAUGGCCACAACAGAGCGAUAACAUUCCGGGAAUGUGAAUAUCUGAUGCUGAUUAAGGAAAGAAACAUGAUUUUGUAUAAUGAUGUCAUUCGGCAGUUAAAAAAUGAAAGUUAUGGCAGUCGAAAUACAGAGAGCAUUGGCCUAGUUGAACAAUAAGAUUUCUAACGAAAGGAUAAUUUGCGAAUGUCCGAAAAAACUUAAUCGAUUAAUAAGAGUCUCAUAUAAAACAUAAAAGCGAUAAAACAAGUGGUAAUAUUUGAACAGUUGUAAUCAUCUUGCGUGCAUUUUAACGCUUGCGUUAACCCUAUCGACCUAUGGCUUUUUGGUUUGUCAAGUACAUGGGGGAGGGAGACCUUAAAAUUUUCAAAUGGUUAAAGCUCGGCUGGCCAGGGUAAAAAUAUUGCUGACACCAUCAAUUUUUCUACACGAUUUUUUAUGAGAUCACGUUUUCUUAUGAUUUACUAUCAUAGUCAGCUUCACAUGAAAGUGAACAACGUUAUUCUUGUGCGAAAAAAAAUAAUUCCGGAAAUAAAAAUAUGCGGAAUGUUGCUAAACUUAUGUGGUCACAUCAAAUAGAACAGGAAUUCGUAAAAAUAAAUAGUUGACUUUUAAAUGCAGAUUCUUUCCCAUGAGUACAUCGUUCACGCGAAAAUUUUAUGAUUUGAUUGAUAAAAAGAGACUGAAGUUAAAAUAAAACAGAAAUGGCCUACAAAAUUAUUUCUUUAAAAGGACUCAUAAAUUGCGUACGGGAUUUUGCUUAAGGAAAUUAGACUGAAAACAGCAAUCUUUCUGACUUCGACAAGAAACCUGUUUACACCAAAAAAUGUCAUUCUAAUUGCAUGCAAAUAACAUGCGAAUUGCCAGAAAAAUAACGUUAUUCUCAUUGGUGUGAACCUGGCUUAAUUGAUUACGAGAUUGCUUCGGAUUUUGUUUGCUUUCGUACAUAACUACUACUUAAAAUAUUACCUUUCGGACAAUGAAAGAAUUCACAAGUUUUUAUUGUUAGUUUGUUAUUUUUACUAUUUAAUGUUUUUAUUUAAUGAAUCACGGCGCCGGUGUAGGGCCGCGCUCCAUCUUUUUGCUACAUAAUGAAUUUUAUUUGUUGUUUUUUGCUUUUAUCGUUCUCAUUUGUGAUAUAAUUUGUGAUAUAAUUUAUUUAACACUUUUCGACCUAGGUUUUCUUCAACAUAGUUUGAUCGGUAACUUGUGAUAAGCUUUGCAUAGCUGUAGUACAUUAAGAAAAGGAAGAAAGAUGUUGUAAUAAAUUUC